CCUUCACCUCCUUCUAUAAAAAGCACGUUUGAAGUUUCCUGCGCGCAAAUUACCCGACACUAAGAAAUGAUUUACACAUUGCCAUUUUCCUGCGCUGAAGCCCGAACACUCGUCGCUUUCGUUGCCGCCCUUUUCCGGCUCCGUUAAACGGACUUUCUCUCUCACAGAUUUUCUUUGUGAUAGAUUUUAGGCCUUUCAAACCAUAGAAACCGAUGCUUUCUUGGACUCUGAAGCAAGAAUUCUCACUUUUCCAUGAUUGUCGUCUCGUUUCGUGGCUUUGCAGAGGUGAAGGUGAUUAGUGGGGGUUCGAUUCUUUAGGUGGUCAGCGUUUUGUUAUUACGUAUUGGCUGGGUUAACUAUCACGACUUCCGGAAUGACACCUGCUGAAUUAUGAAUUCAAGAUGAUGGGCCCGAAACAGUGGCACCCGGCUGAUUAAGGUUGAGACGAGUUGCAAUCGCUGUAGCUCUGGUCCAUAUUUCUUGGUUUGAAGCACAGCAUUGAUCAGCUCCCAGGUAAGGGAAAAAAUAGGAUAAGGUGCAAAAAGUUAUGGAUUUGGAUAACAAGAGUCCACCAGAGAAGCAAGAUGAACUAGAAUACAUGUAUUAUGUGGGACAUGAAUGGGAAUAUGACUUCAACAUUGGUUAUGGUGCAGACUUGCUUGAAGAAGAUGCUUUGAAUGUGAAAUGUUGUCUAGAAGUAUUGAGAAGAUUGAUAUCAAAGGCAGAUGCUGAAAUUGAAGAGUUGGAAGAAGAUCUUGUGAUACUUCAAACCCAGCUAGAAUGGAACGAACAAAAUAAACACGAAGAUUGUUCUGAGAUAUGCUGUAAUGCUUUGAGAGAAAAGAUCCAUUUCCUAGAGUUAUCAAUUCAGUGUCUAAAGGGUGAAGUAAUGAGGAAGGAUGAUAAUAGUAUUCCAUCACAGGACAGAGAACCUGCCAAGAGAAUUCUUGAAAUAAUUAAUCCUCUGUUAAAAAAUCAUAUCCAUAAGAAAGAUGAACAGCCUGAAGAUGUUGCGGUAAAUGAUUCCAGAUCUGAUUUUCAUGAACUUGGUGAUCUUGGUGAUCUUCAUACAGUGAAAAGGCUAAUCAACUCAGAUUCCCAGACUUGCUCGGUUGAAGAAGGCAAUGAACUUGGUGAUCUUCAUACAGUGCAGAAUUUUGAUUUAUAUUUGCCUGUGAAAUCAGAUAUAGUGACAAUGAAUAAUAAUUCAGAAACCGUGAAGGUCCAAAGAACUGGUUGUGUCACUACUGGCAAUACUGAUUCAGGGUCACCCUUGAACUUGACAGGGUCACUUCACUGAAGAUACAACAAUCA